AUGGGGGCGGAGCUCACCAGCAGACUCUCUGAACAAGGGUAUGCAGUCUGCAGACUGUUUGUUGCUCCAGACGACUUGGAGGAGAUGGCGCAAACAGCAGACAGGUGUGUGCAGGAAGGCGCCUUCUCGAGACUCGCGGCCGAGCUGGAAAGCGGGUAUUUGGGCCAGGAGGGCAAGGGAAAGACUUUGUCGGUGGAUCUCGACAGCAGCGACACUGCGGACUUUCUCCGAGAGUCUUCGCUGAAGGUCUUCGAAGACGCCAUAGAGGCGGUUGGCACCCUGCUGAGACCGUAUGUGGAGCGGGAGCUGGGUUUCGACAUUUACAGUCGCACCAGUACCAUGAUGUCGCUGCCGUUUGAUGACGAUGAGGACAUGUUUUCUGCGCCGGACAUCGACAAUGAAGAAGCUGCAAACUUCCUCUCCAUGAUGUGGCGCUCCAAGCUGAUGAUCCUGGUGAACAUUGGGCCUGGGACCACCACUCUCACCUUGACCCCGAAAGCCAUCACGGACCAGGAGCCAACGAAGCCUGAGCUGAAGCUCCUUCCGGGCAUGCUUUGCGUGUUCUGCAUCGACAGGUACAAGUUCGCAAACCAGUCGGAGGAGAAGUCUCUUUCCCUUUCCGCGUUCUUUCUGGAUGCUCCUCGUGAAUAUGUCAUAGAUAACAUCACAGGCGACUUUACUUUUCUCACUGGAACCAUCUCUGGACCAGCACAGCCAAAGGGAGACUCAGUGCCGGUGGUGGCCAUGGGUGAGCGCUACGCCUUCGGCGUGGAUGAGCCCUGGAAGGCUUGGGUGGCCUACGCCAAAGCCGGCUGGGACACCAUCACCAAGCAUCCUCAGGCACGGUGGGACUGCGACACCUACUAUGAUCCUGACGCAGAUCAGACCUCCGGCAAGUCAUACACUUGCCAUGGUGGCUUCUCAGAUGGUAUUGAGCUUUUCGACUGCAAGUUUUUCGAUAUCUCGCCCGCAGAAGCGCGAGGCAUGGACCCCACCCAGCGCCAGGUUCUUGAGGUCUCGUACAUCUCGCUGCAGGGCGCGGGCUGGACUAAGAAGAUGCUGCAGGCCAAGCCCGCGAACAUUGGCGUGUUUGUGGGCCUGGACAAGAACGAGUGGAACGGCCUCCCUAAGGACAUCGCAGGUGGCUUCGCGGCCUCCAGCGGGGCGAACGCCAUCACCUCCAACCGCUUCAACUACUGCAUGAACUUGAAGGGGGCCAGCAUGACGAUGGACACGGCUUGCUCCUCCUCGCUCGCCAGCGCCUUUUUUGUGACUUGA